AAAACCACCCCUCUUCUCUUCCCCUUCCCGGUUCACACAUCCCUAAAUCACCUUUCCGCCCUCGUCUCUGAUCAUCUGGGAUCAAUAUCAACGGCGCAAGCUUUGGAUUCGAGAUUGAUUAUUCUCCGAAAGGUUCGAUCUUUUGUUCUUAUUUUAAGAUAUAAAAAUCUGAAUGAUUUCCAAGUUCAGGCGUUUGGAAGAUUGUAUUCCUUAGGGGAAAUGAAAGGAUGAUAAGAAGCAUGACUAUGCCGCCAAUCGUAUAAGAUGAUUAAAGUUUAGGGAUUAAGAGGGCCAGUGCACUUGUAGAGGACGGGAAGCUAUUCCUACGUGGAUCCAUCUCUUGCAUGUGCCUAUCGGAUUGGUGUGCGCACUCUGACAUCCGUCUCCUUCGGUUCUGCAUUGGAGAUCAUUUCGUAAUGCUGCAUUGCUUGUGUUCUCUGGUUUUGUCUAUUUAAAUCUGGGUUUGGAGCUCAUGCUGAUUGUUAAAUAGAAUUCUCCUGCUUGAAUUCUCUCUGGUUUUGUCUAUUUUAAUCUUGGUUUGGAGCUCAUGCUGAUUGUUACAUAGAAUUCUCCUGCUUGAAUUCUCUCUGCUGGAAGGUAGUACUUGAUUUGCCAGCAAUUGGAAGGAUUUGGCAUCACUGUCAAGUCGGUGAUUUUAUGAUUUUUAGAUCUUAUAUACAAUACAUUGGUUUAUAUUUCUUCGUUGGUUGUUAGAUUGGAAAUGCUCGAAUACCUUUACACUUACCACUUUGGUUGCUGGAAACUCCAGUAUUGCAACCACAUGAACAUUAAUGACCUCUCACCAAUAUUAUAAUAUACUUUCUAUUAUUUUAGCUGCUUGGCAUCUCGCAAUACUUUUCAUUUUUGACAGUUUCCAUGCCAAUUACUAAUGUACUAAUGCUGCUUAAUAAUGGAUCAAUUCUUAAGGAUACAGAGCUUAAAUUUGUGCACCAACAUUGUCUCUUAUUCACAUCACUGAGGUUUACUUGCAAUCGUCUGUGGAAUCUUAGAAUUUUGCCUUACAACUGAUUCAGACAAAAAGCUUUUGUAUAAAAGUUCAGUUACUGUUCCGUUUAAUUGAGUUUAAAUUUGGUUCUGAAUAAUAUUUCCAGUUGAUAUGAUGGCAACUGAAAUCCCAUCUAGCUCUUGCUACAGUUCAAAAAAAAUUGGCAUGCUUUCUUCUCCAUGCAUGUUGUCCUAUGAUCCUAAUUUUGUUCCUACAAUGCAUUGCCACCGUGGUCCAUGUGAUCGACAAACUUCUGCAAAAGCAAGCUCCAGACAUUAGGAGAAGAAUAGAAUGGCAGGAGAGUGUAUUGUUUCUUGCCAUGCUUUGGUCUGUGUUUUUGUUCCUUUUGUCAGGUUUGCAUCUGUCUUAGUUGACUUAGGAUGCGUUUGAUGUGCUGAAUCACCGUCGUGGCUUGCAACAGUUGAUGCAAAAUGGUGCUAAAAUACUGCUUCUUGUCAUGUGACUAGAAGAUGCUCAUGACAAAGGUCAUGAUGUCGCUUGCAUUCAUAUUUUCUUUUAAAUGUUUUGAUGCAAAUGAGUUGGACUGUGCAAUUGCAUCUCGAGCCAGAUACAGCCUUACAUCUUCUUUUCCUUGUUCUACAUGAGAGUCAUGAUGCUUCUAUACCUUCUUUAUGACACAAGUCACAUCAAGGAGGUCAAGGGCUUUUCCCGCUUGGUGGAGUGCUUCUUGCUGCAUGGUCUGCUGCAUUUCUGUUUCACCUAUCAGUGCCUUGCUCUCCAUGAUGGCUAAAAGUUGACACUUGAAGAGCAUCCAAAAGACUGAAUGAAGAUAAAGUUUAUCUCGAGGAACAAUUGAAGUGUCUAUGAAGGUAAGAAAAAUUGAUAUUUAUAGGAACUGGAGGUGCAGGCUAGAUGCAUUCCAGGAAGAGACAUGCCGAUUGGUUGUCAUGCUUAUGGCCACUGAUAUUGCCAAUUGGUUAACUAGUUGUGAUAGUAUAUUUUUGGACCCACGUUUGGCUCGACAGGUUGCACUGCAUUUUCCAGUUUUCUUGUAGCCAUAUGCUGGCUCUUGGCAGCUCAUCAGGUUUGGUGUGGAACUUUGUUCUCCGAUUCUUAGUUCUUUGCACGGUGCUGACUUCCUUUUUUUGUCCUAACUAAAAAGGAACAAAAACUAUGCUGUGGUUGUGGUAAGGUUCUAAUAUUAUCCACAUUCUUUGAAAAUUAUUAAUCUACUGCAUAUUGUUAGAGGAACUCACUACUGCUGUAUUAUCUGUCUGCAAUCAAGAUGAUAUUAUAGUAUUACAUAGGCAAGCUAACUGUUUUCUGCCAAUGGGUCAUUUGCAGGUUGCUUGAUUUGGAAACUGUUGUUAGGUCAUGAGUCUAUUUCUCUGAGAAUUUGCUAUGGUGGAGCUUACUGAGGAAGCAGGCAUUCAAGUUAAAAUAUCAAUCAUGCAUUAGUUCUGUACAAACAUGGAUAUUGCAAGAGUAUCUAAAAAAGAAAGAAAGCAAGUUGCAUCCGAAUCAGUUACUGAAGUUAUCAUCCAUCCAUGGUUGGGAUGUAAAACUACAGAGGUAACGACUUUGUGGAUCAGGUGGGGCCUACCAGUGCUCACUUUCAGUGGAAUUUUAGUUGUUGAGUGGAAGAGAUCAUUAAUCAUGUCUUCAAAUUCUUGGAGUAUCUGUUACUUUGAGAUCAUGCAGAUGCAUUAUUGAGUAUAAGAGAAAUGGCAAGGAGCAGCUGUCAUGGGGGCUCACAGCAGCUUUCAUAUGGUCACAAAGCAACUCUGACUCUCCACAUGCAUUGGCAAGCACCAGAGACCUACUAUUUCAUCUGGUAGUGUGGUGUGGUAUCAAAAUGGUCCACUCUAUUCCCUAUAUCUUGUUAUUUGAAAGUAGGUACACUGAAUGUUUAUCGAUCAACCCCUUCUCUUCCAAGCUAAGGCACUCGAAUCUAUUUCUACUUGCAAUGCUUUACAAGCUACAGGCAAUCACUGUCUUAUUUGAAGAUAGGGUUUUUUGCUUAAUUAUGCAUUGAAAAUUUUUAAUUCCUACCUUCUUGCUCCUUUUCCUUAAAUCUGCUACUUGACUUGAUCGGAAUGUGCUUGUCCAAACAAGACCGAAUCCAAAAGAAAAGGCACCAGGCUGAUCAUUUUUCAACAGACAUAUUAUGGUAGAAUUAAAGUGAUGCUGCAAGUAGCGGAAAUACAGCAUGCCGUUCUGAAAAUUGUCAAUCUCAGCAAAGCAGUCAUUCCUCACCAAAUCAUAUAUUUGUUGGAGACUUGUGCAUUGGCUGGUCCAACAGGUACAGUAUUUUCCAAGAAGAAAAAGCUUCCGAACUCAGGCGAUUGACAUGACUCCAAAGUCAUGUUCCUGCACACCCAUCAUAGACAUCCACCCUCACCGGACUCUCCUACUGAACAAAGCAUCCUCUGUCUACUGACUAUAUUUGAUCAUCUGACUUCAGUCACUCUCCAUAUGAUCAUCCCAUCAACAUGAAAGAAGAACGAGAGAUGGCCUGUAUACGGCAAGCAUCGCAGCUUCUCGGCUCACUGGUAUCUUCUUCCUUCGCGGUCCGAUGCUUCCCUGGUAAGUGGCAGUUGGUCCGCAGCAAGCUCGAGCAGCUGCUCUCCGGACUUGCCGCAGCUGCAGACGGCAACUUCCUCAGCCGGAAUUCGGAGGUGGGUUUGCUACUGAAGUCGAUGUUGACGACCUUCGAUGACAUCGAAUCGCUUUUACUUCGUUGCGGCGAUGAAUCCUGCGUCGGUGGGAAGCUCCUCUUGCGGAGCGAUCUUAAUGGCGUUGCCUCCAGGCUCGGGCUCCAUAACGAGAGACUUGCGGAAUUGUAUGCUUCUGGGAAUGCGACGCGUUCCCGAGCCAUCGUCCUCACGAAGCCAAGCAGUAAUGCCAGCCGAGAGGACAUCCGAUUCUACGUGAGGGAUCUGUUCUCGAGGCUUAAGAUUGGUGAUACCAGCAUGAGACUGCUAGCUUUGGAUUCUCUUCAUGAGGUUCUCCGCGAAGACGACGAGUAUGUGAGGAUCGUGGCGACGGAUACAGCUGAUGCAGUGUGUCUUCUAGUAAGCUUUCUCGAACACAGAGAUGAUGGCCUUCGGGAGAAGGCCGCAGGGGUACUCUCGGUGAUCGCCGAGUUUGAUUCAUACAAAGGACUGCUUGUCGCUGCAGGUGCGAUAGGUCCACUGAUACCAAUCUUGGAGAAGGGAACUGAAUUGGGAAGAGAGAGAGCCGCCGGAAUUCUGAGAAGGCUGACCGAGAAUUCCGACAACGGGUGGUCGAUCUCUGCUCAUGGAGGCAUCUCGGUGCUGCUCAAGAUCUGCAGCGACGCCGCCGUUUGUCGUAAGGAGCUAAUUGGGUUGGCUUGUCAGAUUCUAAGCAACCUCGGCAGCGCUGAAGAGAUGAGGAGGUUCAUGGUGGAGGAGGGCGCCAUUCCUGUUCUCUUACAGCUCACCCUGUCCAAGGAAGAAGAAUCACGGAUUCAAGCCAUUGAGUGCCUUCAUUCCAUGGCAUCUGCGGACAAUGGCAUCAGACAAAUCGUUGUCGGAGAAGGACUUAUCGCCUCGAUAACUGAGUUACUGGAUCCAUGCUCACCCUGCUCAUCAACGGCAAGAGAGGCGGCUCUCAAGGCUACCGAGCUGCUCCACUCAGCAGAUUCCAUAGCUGUCCUAAUGAGCUCCGGCUUCUUGGAUCGAGCGCUCUUCUUCGUCAAACAUGGCGGCGUCUCCGUCCAGGAGUUGGUCCUGAAGAGCGUCUCCCGCCUCUGUGAGCUCUCCGAGGAGUACAGGAAGGCCAUGGGCGACGCGGGCUACAUGACGGAGCUCGUGAGCUUACUGGAAGCCAAAUCAGCUGGAGUCAGAGAGAAAGCAGCUGAGACCAUUCAUAACAUGAUCUGUGCUCAACGAAAUAGGAGAAGGUUGAUCCAAGACGACCACGACGUGGACCGGAUCAUGCGGUCGCUCGAUCUCGUGGAGGGGAACUCUGCGACGAGGAAGCACCUGCUCUCCGUGCUGAAGGCAGUGGCGGAGAGCAACAGCGGAAGGAGAAGGAUCAUGGCCUCCGGGUGCGUGCAUUGCUUGCAGAGACUGGCAGAAGCCGACGAGGUGGACGCCAGGAAGGUGAUGAAGAAGCUCUCUGCCCGGAAUCGAUUUCGAAGUAUCCUGAAUGGAUUCUGGAGCACCUGAUUUCCUUUCAGCUGCUGUAAUAUGCAAUCUGCUUUGUUCAUCAUCGGCAUCUCUUUUUCUGUCUUCAUGAUUCCAACCAGCUUAUCAUGCAAUUCUCAGCUGGUGAUAUUUGGAUGAUACAUAUAUUAUGUAUAUUUCUUUUUUUGGGUUUUGA